AUGGCGCCCGCUAAGGCCAAGGGCCAGAAGAUGAGCAUGGUGGAGUUCCUGGCAGUCGACAAGCCCUCUGGUGAUUUCAGCUGGGCCGAUGAGUCUGAGGAGGCUGGCCUCGAGCAACCCAACGUGCCCGCUGAGAGAAGGGACACUCGCCCGUCCUAUGGCGGCUAUGGGAACGGUGGCAUGGACCGUGAGGCCCGUGGUGGAUUUGAGAGCCGUGGUUACGAAACCCGUGGCGGAUACGCCGUUCGCGAGCCCCUCGACCUUCCCACCGAGCCCCCGUUCACUGCUCACAUCGGAAACCUGUCCUUCGAAGCCACUGCUGCCGACGUUACCGACCUCUUUGCCGAAUGUGGUGUGACCAAUGUCCGAAUUGUGGAAGAUAGACAGACCAACACCCCCAAGGGUUUUGGCUACAUUGAGUUCGAGACCGUUGCCGGUCUGCAAAAGGCCCUUGACCUGUCUGGCACUACUCUGAUGGGUCGUACUAUCCGUACCAGCGUCGCCGAUCCUCCCAAGGAGACCCGCGCUGACCCCCGCGAAAUGGACUGGACCCGCCGCGGCCCUCUUCCCCCCGCCCCCUCCGAGCGCCGUGUCCCUGACCGUGCUAGCUUCGGUCGCAACAUGGAUGCUGCCUCUGACGCCGGCAGUGAGCGUGGUGGCCGCCGCAGCAACUUCGAGUCCGAUGGAAAGUUCCGCGACUUCGGCAACUGGGAGCGCAAGGGCCCUCUUUCUCCCCCGGCUGGUGCUGGUUUCCGCGAGGGUGGCCGUCCUCGCAACAACGAUGGCCCCGCGCCUGCCUGGGGUGAAGGUCGCUCGCAGGAUGGUUCCCGACCCCCGCGCCCUGAUCGCCCUGAGCGCCCUGAGCGGGCCCCCACCGCUGCCGAGAUGGACAACCAGUGGCGCACCAAGAUGCGCCCCGAUGCCGCCCAGAAGGAGCCUACCUCUCCCGUCGCUCCCGCUUCUCGUCCCAGACUGAACCUGCAGAAGCGCACCGUCUCCGAGGCCGUUCCCACACCCGCCGCCGGCGCUGGCGAUUCCAAGGCCAGCCCCUUCGGUGCCGCUCGCCCCAUCGACACUGCCACCCGUGAGCGUGAAGUGGAGGAGCGCCGCCAGGUUGCUCUUCGCCAGAAGAAGGAGACCGAGGACAAGGCCAAGGCCGAGAAAGCCGAGAAGCAAAAGAAGGAGCCCAAGCCGGGCAUGGAUUCCAACAAGGACGCCAUUGAGCCCCCCAAGGGUGGCGGUAACUUUGAGAUCCUCCGGCGGGCCGGUGAGGACGAGAGCAACAUGACCGCUGAUAAGGAGGCCGAGGAGACGACUGCCCCGGCCGCUGCUGCUGCUGAGGAGACCCCCAAGGAGGCCGCCUCCAACGGCAGCUGGCGAGCCGCCGAGACCCCCGCUGAUGAUAAUGACGGAUGGAGCACUGUUGACACGACCAAGAAGCGUGGCCGCCGUGGUGGCCGUUUCUAA